AUAGUGAAAGCCCAUGAUCAAGUCAUAAUUAUAACCUAUAAAUAUGAAACAUUUCAAGCUUACAAUAUGUCAAAACAAAACUCAUCAAACAACAACAUUAACAACAACAACUUAAGUGGAUAUCAAUAUCAUACCAUGAAGAUGUCGACUAGGGUUUUGUUGGUUUUUGUUGUAAGUGUUAUUAGCUCUUCAUGCAUUGGUGUUUUGGGUGGUAAUCUCUUUGAUGAUCUUCACUGCACAUGGGGAAAUGGUCGAUCUAAGAUACUCAACAAUGGCCAGCUUCUUAAUGUCAUGCUUGACAAAGUUUCAGGCUCGGGUUUCGAGUCAAAUGACAAAUAUCUCUUUGCAAGGAUCGAUAUGCAAAUCAAACUUGUCGCUGGUAACUCAGCUGGCACUGUCACUGCUUUCUUCUUGUCUUCACAAGGAAAAGGACAUGAUGAGAUUGAUUUUGAAUUCUUGGGAAAUGUUAGUGGACAACCUUACACAGUUCAUACUAAUGUGUUUUGUGAUGGAGAAGGUAAAAGAGAGCAACAAUUCCACCUUUGGUUUGACCCCACUGCUGAUUUUCACAAAUACUCCAUUCUUUGGAGUCCUCAUCACAUUGUGUGGUUGGUUGAUGACACCCCAAUUAGAGAAUACAAGAACAUGGAGAGCAAGGGUAUUCCAUUCCCUAAAGACCAAGCCAUGAAGCUUUACUCAAGCCUUUGGAAUGCUGAUGAUUGGGCCACAAGAGGUGGUUUGAUCAAGACUGAUUGGUCAAAAGCACCAUUCAAAGCAUCCUUCAAAGAAUUCAGAGCUGAAAAAUAUAAGUGUGAUUGGUCAAGAGGAUAUGCUUCUUGCUCACCACCUUCAAAAUCAAUAUUCUCAUUUUGGACUAGUCCUGAUGUGUUGUUCAAAUCACUUACCAAUGGUGCUAUGGGAAAGUUGAAUUGGGUUAAGAACAAUUACAUGAUCUACAAUUAUUGCAAAGAUUGGAAACGUUUCCCUAAUGGCCUUCCCAAGGAAUGUCAAUAUUCCAACUAGUCAUUUCAUGGUGAUAUGAUCAUCAUCAUCAUCAUCACUAUAUAUCAUUUUCAAUAUUUAAUUUUCAUUUGCAUGCAAUCUCUUGUAUCGAUCUUUUAAUUAUUUAUAUAUUUUGUUAAUUUUUGUAUCAAUUUCAUGAUUAAUUGUAUGAUGAGCUGAUCAUCAUGAUCAUGUUCAUCUCAAUAAAAGAGAACAAAUAUUUCUUC